AUGACCCCCACCCCGAACACCCCACCACCCAUCAACAACACUCCAGUCAAACACAUGGCCCCCACCCCGAACACCCCACCAUCCAUCACAACACUCCAGUCAAACACAUGGACCCCACCCCGAACACCCCACCAUCCAUCACAACACUCCGGUCAAACACAUGGACCCCACCCCGAACAUCCCACCAUCCAUCACAACACUCCAGUCAAACACAUGGCCCCCAUCCCGAACACCCCACCACCCAUCAACAACACUCCAGUCAACACAUGGCCCCCACCCCGAACACCCCACCAUCCAUCACAACACUCCAGUCAAACACAUGGACCCCACCCCGAACACCCCACCAUCCAUCACAACACUCCAGUCAAACACAUGGCCCCCACCCCGAACACCCCACCACCCAUCAACAACACUCCAGUCAACGCAUGGCCCCCACCCCGAACACCCCACCAUCCUCAACAACACUCCAGUCAACACAUGGACCCCACCCCGAACACCCCACCAUCCAUCACAACACUCCAGUCAACACAUGGCCCCCACCCCGAACACCCCACCAUCCAUCACAACACUCCAGUCAAACACAUGGACCCCACCCCGAACACCCCACCAUCCAUCACAACACUCCAGUCAAACACAUGGCCCCCACCCCGAACACCCCACCACCCAUCAACAACGCUCCAGUCAACACAUGGCCCCCACCCCGAACACCCCACCAUCCUCAACAACACUCCAGUCAACACAUGGCCCCCACCCCGAACACCCCACCAUCCAUCACAACACUCCGGUCAACACAUGGCCCCCACCCCGAACACCCCACCAUCCUCAACAACACUCCAAUCAAACACAUGUCCCCAACCCGGAAUACUCCACCCACCAAUCAUCAACACUGUGGUCCACACAUGGCCCUCAAACCGAGCACCCCGCCUACCCAUCAACAACACUCUAGUCACCUGUCAAUAUCAACCCACGACACACAACCACUCAUUCAUGAUCAACUCGUGUUAUUCCGGGACAAGCCGAAUCGAUCUUGCAGGUUACGAACAGGGGCGAGUGCUGACGAAUGACAGCCACUACCACAGAAGGAUCAUUACGUCUCGAUGA